UCCAGGGCUCGGCGCGCCCCUGCUCCUCUUCCUCUCCAAGGAGCGGCGCGCCCUGCUCCCCUCUGCUCCGACGAGAUCUAGGGGUCGGCGCGCCCCUGCUCCUCUUCCUCUCCCAGGCGCGCCACUGCUCCGGUCUCUCCCCUACUCCGACCUGCUUCGACGUGCAGCUGCUCUGCCCGCCCCUGUUCAGAAUGUCGUCUGGUGCAUCUAAUCCUACUGCUGCUACUAUGGACAAACCAGUGUCCCUUAAGAGAAAUUCAGAGGACAUAGGAUGGGAAUAUGGAGUGCUAGUUGAUCCUAAUGAUUUGAAUGUGAUCCAAUGCAAGCUAUGUCCUAAAGUUGCCAAGGCAGACAUUUAUAGGUUGAAGUUGCAUAUUGCUCAAAAGAGAGGACAGGUGACACCAUGCCCAAAUGCCACACAUGAAGACAUAGCAAGGUGCAAGCAAGCUAUUGAGGAUUCUAGCAAGGCUAAAAAGGCAAGGUUGCUGGAACAACAGGAGGUUAGAGAUAAUGUAGUAAUUGAUGUUCCAUCAGACAAGGAAGAUGAGACAGGGCUGCAUGAAAUUGGAAGCUCAUCACAAGCAACAGUUGGUCCUAUGGACAAGUUCACAAAGCCCCUUGAUGCUAGUUCUCUGAGCAAGAAAAUUCAACCCAAAAUCAGUGAGCAUAUAAUGAAGGAGAGGCUUCAUAAACUGAAGAGAUACAUUGCAAGGUGGUUGUAUGUGAGAGGUAUACCUUUUAAUGCCAUCAAUAAUGAAGAAUUUGACCAGAUGCUUGAAGCUGCUGGAUGCUUUGGGCCUGGUGCAAAGAAGCCUUACCAACAUGAGCUGCGAGAGAAGUUGUUGCAUGAAGAAGUCAGUGAUACAAAGGAGAUGUUGAAGUUGCAGGAAAAUGAGUGGGCCAAGAAUGGCUGCUCCAUUAUGACUGAUGCAUGGACGGAUCAAAAAAGACGGAGUAUAAUGAAUCUGUGUGUGAAUUGCAGCAUUGGUACAAGUUUUCUUGAAUCAAAGGAGGCCUCAUCUGAAUCCCAUACUGGUGAACUAAUAUUUUAGUAUGUAAACAGCUGCAUUGAGAAAGUUGGUGCACAAAAUGUAGUCCAAGUGGUCACUGACAAUGCCUCCAACGAUAUGGCAGCAAAUGACAUGUUGUAUGUGCUGAAGCCAAACAUCUUUUGGAGCUCUUGUGCUACUCACACCAUCAACCUUAUGCUUGAAGGUAUGGGAAAGAUAAAGAAGUUCAAGAGCAUAGUUGAUCAAGCAAAAGCUCUUACUAUCUUCAUUUUUGCACACCAUAAGACACUCUCUUUGAUGAGAAAGUUUACAAAGAAGAGAGACAUCAUUAGGCCAGGUGUGACCUGAUUUGCUUCCAAUUUUCUCACUUUACAAAGCUUGUAUGAGAAGAAGGGCCAGCUAAGGAUGAUGUCUCAAAGUGAGGAAUGGGAGAAAAUAAACCAAGUUAAGAAGACUGCCAAAGGUGUGCAAGCCACAACCACAUUGGUGAGGCCUAAUUUUUGGAAUGGUGUUUCACUUUGUUUGAGGGUAUUUGAGCCAUUGGUCAAAGUACUUCGCAUGGUAGAUGGGGAUAUCAAGCCAUCAAUGGCUUUUCUAUAUGGAGAGAUCUUAAAGGCUAAGAAAGAAAUCAUGGUGGCUGUAGGAAAUGUGGACAGGUCUGGGACCUAGUACCAUUCCAUUAUUGCAAUCAUUGAUGCAAAGAUGAAGGAUAGGCUGGACUGUCCAUUGCACAAGGCUGCAUACUUCUUAAAUCCCUACUAUAGCUACAAUGAUCCAUCUAUAUUUGAAUCUGAGGAGAUCAUGGAUGGGUUCAUUUCAGCUGUUGAAACUUUUUAUCAUGGUGACUAUGAGAAACAAAGUCAGGUGUUGAAUGAAGAUGUGCACAGGUUUAAAGAUCAAGUUGGCCACUUUUCCAAGAAAUUUGCUCUAGCUGGUUGUAAGACUUUGAAUAUAGUCCGGCAAAAUGGUGGGGAAAUUAUGGAACACAGGUUCCAACUUUACAAAAGAUGGCCAUAAGAAUCUUGUACUUGACUUCAAGUGCUUCUGGCUGUGAAAGGAAUUGGCGUAGCUUUGAGGGGAUUCAUACAAGUAAAAGAAACAGGCUGACGUGUGAGAGGUUGAAUCAGCUUCUCUUUGUUCGGUUCAAUAUUCUACAUGCAAACAAGAAAAAAAGGCACAACAAAACAAGAAGAUGGAUCCCCUUUUAGCAACUGAUGCAACAUGUGCUCAAGCUCAAGGUUGGAUUGUGGAAGGUGAUGAUGAAGAAGGCUCCGAUGUUGAGCCUGUCACAGGGCUGAAAUGGAAACUUAUUGCAUAAACUUGUGGUGCUGAAGAAGUUAACAAACUUCGUAGAAGUGGAAGACUGAAUCAAACAAGAGAUAUUGAAGAUGAUGUCCAUGAUAAACCCGAGGAAGAAGAGCAAAUGGAUGAAGAAGAAAUUGAGUUUGAGUCUGACCAAGAGAAUGUGGUCACGACAGGCUAUGUGGAAGAGGAAGUGGAGGAUGAUGACUGAAUUGGCUCUUUGCUUCUUGAGCCUCUAUUUAUCUUCAUGAGAACAAUAUUGUCAUUGUGGUGCUUUUCCUAUUUGUGCUUGUGUGAACUACCAAAUGUGUUUUUAAUUUCAUUGGCAUGUGUGCUUGUGGCUGUGUAAGAACUAAGAUCUGAGGACCUUGUUUGUGUUUAAUUGUGUUAAUUUCUA